CGCUGCACACUUAAGAUUCAUUAUAGAAUACAUACUGGAGAAAAACCCUACAGAUGUGAAGAAUGUGACAGGUCCUUUACCCGGGCCUCAUAUCUUAGAAGUCACAAAAUUAUUCAUACUGGGAAAAGUCCUUACAAAUGUGAAGAAUGUGACAAGUCCUUUACCAACCCCGAAAGUCUUAGAGGUCAUAGAAAUAUUCAUACUGUGGAGAAACCCUACAAAUGUGAAGAAUGUGACAAGGGCUUUACCAAGGCCUCAUACCUUAGAAGUCAUAAAAGUGUUCAUACUGGGGAGAAACCCUACAAAUGUAAAGAAUGUGACAUGUCCUUUACUACACGCUCAAAACUUAAGAGUCAUUACAGAACUCAUACUGGAGAAAAACUCUACAGAUGUGAAGAAUGUGGCAGGUCCUUUACUACAUGCUCAAAACUGAAGAGUCAUUACAGAAUUCAUUCUGGAGAAAAACCCUACAGAUGUGAAGAAUAUGGCAGGUCCUUUGCUUUGCACUCAGCAUUUAAAGUUCAUUACAGAAUUCAUACUGGAGAAAAACCCUACAAAUGUGAAGAAUGUGACAAGUGCUUUACCAUGGUCUCAUAUCUUAGACGUCAUAAAAGUAUUCAUACGGGAGAGAAACCCUACAAAUGUGAAGCAUGUAACAAGUGCUUUACUCAGAUGUCAAAUCUUAGAAUACAUCAGGCAGUGCAUGCUGGAGAGACACCGUACAAAUGUAAAGAAUGUGACAAGUUCUUUCCCAGGUCCUCAAAUCUUAGGCGUCAUGAAAGAAUUCAUACUGGAGAGAAACCCUACAAAUGUGAAGAAUGUGACAAGUGCUUUACCAUGGUCUCAUAUCUUAGACGUCAUAAAAGUAUUCAUACGGGAGAGAAACCCUACAAAUGUGAAGAAUGUGGCAUGUCCUUUUCCGAACACUCAAUACUUAAGAGUCAUUACAGAAUUCAUACUGGAGAAAAACCCUAUAGAUGUGAAGAAUGUGACAAGUGCUUUACCAUGGUCUCAUAUCUUAGACGUCAUAAAAGUAUUCAUACGGGAGAGAAACCCUACAAAUGUGAAGAAUGUGGCAUGUCCUUUUCCGAACACUCAAUACUUAAGAGUCAUUACAGAAUUCAUACUGGAGAAAAACCCUAUAGAUGUGAAGAAUGUGACAAGUCCUUUACCCAGGCCAGACUUCUUCAGACACAUAAGAGAAUUCAGAUUGGAGAGAAUCCCUACAAAUGUGAAGAAUGUAAGAAGUCCUUUACUACAAAUGUAAGUCUUAGAAUACAUCAAUCAGUGCAUUCUGGAGAGAAACCCUACAAAUGUGAAGAAUGUGACAAGCGCUUUACUCGAAUGUCAACUGUUAGAAUGCAUCAGGCAGUGCAUUCUGGAGAGAAACCCUACAAAUGUGAAGAAUGUGACAAGUGCUUUACUCGAAUGUUUAGUCUUAGAAUACAUCAAUCAGUGCAUUCUGGAGAGAAACCCUACAAAUGUGAAGAAUGUGACAAGCGCUUUACUCGAAUGUCAACUGUUAGAAUGCAUCAGGCAGUGCAUUCUGGUGAGAAACCCUACAAAUGUAAAGAAUGUGAUAAGUGCUUUAUCCAUUCUUCAAAUCUUAGACGUCAUAACAAAAUUCAUACUAAAGAGAAACCCUACAAAUGAAAAGGCGGUGAGAGUCCUUUCCUCAUGUAUCAACUCUUAGAGAUCAUCAAAGAAUGCAUAAUAAAGGGAGACACUACAAAUAUAAGUGAUUUGGAAAUAUAUUUAACCAUAUAUCAAAAGGUAAACUUACCAAAAAUUUAUACUGCAGCCUAUAAAUUUGGUUUAUAAAUUUGUUUUUUCUUUUGGUCUUUUUGACACAGGGUCUCCCUGUAGCCCCAGCUAUCCUGGAACUCAGUAUGUAGACCAGGCUGGCCUUGAGGUUUAUAAAUUUUAUAAACCAAAACUUUAUACAGUUUACAAUUGCACAGAAUGUGGAAAUCCUGUCCUCUGGACUCAACCCUUAGUAAAUGAAACAGAAUCCAUACUAAAGGGAUAUGUUUCAAAGUAAGGAGAAUGUUGAAACAUAUUUAUGUAUUACAAUACUUCACAGUAUACUAAAAAAAAUUAAAAUUAAAU